AUGCCACGCGCAGUGUCGAACAAAGUGACGAGCGCGCGGACGCAGGCGGUGAAUGCGAGCCCCCGUACCCAGCAAAACACAAGUUUGACGACAAAGAAUCCCAUAUUUAAUACGGAAAAGUUUGGCCAGCAUAUCCUAAAGAACCCCUUGGUCGCCCAAGGCAUUGUAGACAAGGCCAACUUGAAACCAACCGACGUUGUCCUGGAAGUCGGUCCCGGUACGGGAAAUUUGACCGUGCGCAUACUGGAAAAAGCGAAGCAUGUGGUUGUAGUCGAGAUGGACCCCCGCAUGGCCGCUGAGCUUACCAAGCGUGUCCAAGGAACACCCGUGCAACGCAAGUUGGACAUUGUGCUAGGCGACGUAUGCAAGACGGAUCUGCCGUACUUUGACGUGGUCAUCAGCAACACGCCAUACCAGAUCUCAUCGCCGCUCGUAUUCAAGCUGCUGUCCCACCGCCCUCUCUUUCGUUGUGCAAUCCUCAUGUUCCAGCGCGAGUUUGCGAUGCGCCUUGUCGCGCGCCCCGGCUCGCCUUUGUGGGGCCGCCUUUCGGCAAACGUGCAGCUGUAUGCGAAAGUCGAUCAUAUCAUGAAAGUCGCGCGCGGCUCCUUCCGCCCGCCGCCCCAAGUCGACAGCAGCGUCGUGCGCAUUGUCCCCCUCAAUCCCCCUCCUGCCGUGCGCUUUGAAGAGUUUGACGGACUUACGCGCAUUGUAUUUUCGCGCAGGAAUAAAAUGCUGCGUGCGUGCUUCUUUGGCGCGCGCGGCGUGGUGGACAUGUUGGAGGCGAAUUGGAAGACGUGGUGCGCCGAGCACAAUGCCCCCAUGGACCCCGCCGUGCCCUUUGCCGCGAAAAUCGACGAAAUUCUUCAGCGCCUCGAUAUGGCCGAGUGCCGUGCGGCGAAACUGGACGUAGACGAUCUCCUUGCGCUGCUCGCGGCAUUCCACGAGCAGGGCAUUCAUUUCUAA